UUAUAGUGUAUAAAAUUUUCUUUCGAUGCCUGGUUGAAAAAAGAUUAUGUAAGCCAUCUCUAAUUGUGAAAAAAAUCUCUAAUAUCAGAAACCUUAACUAGUCAAAGACAAAGACACAUAUAAGUAUAAUUAUAGUAGUAAGAGAUAAAGAUGUCUAAUACUGAAACUGUCGUAACGGUGGAUGAGUUGUUGAAGGGGAUAUUACUGUCUUUGAGUUCUACUAAGACCAGUGUAAGUGAUUUACUUAAUGGUUUAAAACAAGACUCAACUGAACAAUUCCCUCUCGUCAUUCAAUCAUUAUUAAAGAAAGCUAAUACUGAUUCUGUAGAAGGUGUAUCAUUAUUAACAUUAAAGAAUCAUGCAUUAUUAUCAUAUUUGAAUAAUUUAGCUCUUGUAGUACUAAGUCAGUUAGAAAAUUUAGAGGAUAAUGAUGAUGAUAAAAAUGAUAAAUUAAGAGAAAAAGUUAUAGAAAAUAGUAUAGUACAAAGAGUAACCUUAGAAAAGGGAAUUAAACCAUUAGAGAAGAAAUUAAAUUAUCAAUUAGAUAAAAUGGUAAGAGCCUAUACUAGAAUGGAAAAUGAUGAUGAGAAGUUGGUUGAAAAAUUGAAUAAGGCAGAAGAUGAAGGUGAAGAAAACUCAUCUGAAGAUGAAUCAUCUGAAGAAGAUGAUAAUGAUGCAUUAUCAUAUAGACCUGAUGCUUCAGCAUUAGCUAAAUUGACUAAGACCACAAUUGGUGAUAAAAAGAAAGUUAGUAAAUCAAGUUCUACUGAUAAUAAUAAAGAAUCUAAAGAAAAGUAUAGACCUCCUAAAAUUUCUGCUAUUGCACCUCCAAGUAGUUCAAUUAUUACUAAUGAUGAAAGUAAUAAAAAUAGAAAUAAUAAGAAAUUACAAAGUAUGGAAGAAUACUUACAAGAGCAAAGUGAUUUACCCACCAUGGAAUCUUCUAUUGGUUCUACUAUAGUUGAUCAUGGUAGAGGAGGAGUUAAAACUCAAUAUGAGAAAAAUAAAGAACGAGAAAUUCAAACUUAUGAAGAAUCUAAUUUUGUAAGAUUACCUACUACUCAAACUAAAAAAUCAUUUAAACAAAAACAAAGAGAUAAAGCUAAUACAUUUGGAGGUGAAGAUUGGUCAAUGUUUAAUGGUAAUAAUGAUCGAGAUUUAAAGAGUGGUACAUCUCGUAAGAGAAAAGCCGCAUCUGCUUGGGAUAGAGUUAAAAAGAGAAGAUAAUUUAUAAUUAGAUUCCAGUAUAUAGACCAAAUGCAUGACGUUAUAUUUAGAAUAAUACAUCGAUAAUAAUCAGAUUAAUCAGUAAUCAAAGG